UUUGUGGGACAGACCUGGAAGGGCUGGAAAAGAGUAGAAGGUACGUGAUCAGCUAGAAAUUGUUUUUGAGCCAGUAUCUGGAAAAGCGAGGUUCUAUUUUCCUAUACUUGCACAAUGUUCCUAUGAUAUGUACCUUCCAAUACCCACCAGCUUCCAGCCUUUACUUUCAAUAUAAAUCUUCUUCAUCUCCCUAAAGGAAAACUCAGAAGGAGGAAGGGAGAGUUUUUAUUGCUGUUCUGUCCUAAGGACAGAAGGGGAAGGAGCAGGGACAGAAGAGCUUGCAUAUAUUCCCUUGUGAUGAAGAGAGAAGUUAAAACAUGACUGCUACAACCUACCAAAUCCUCCCUCAGAUGUCUAUCCCCUUAACUCCUAAUCUGUUCUCAAAUAUCUGCUACCACCAUCCACUAUACCAUGUGGUUAGAAGCACACUGGAAGAACAUCCGUCAAACCCUGCUGCUUCUUUUCACUGCUGCUCUUCUCAUUGGGGUCACCAUGCUAGCCAUUUCCUCCAACAUUAAUCCAGUAGGCUACUUCUUCCUAGGGGUAGGUGGAGUGUGCCUGAUUGGCUAUUUGCUGAGUGUGCUUAUUGAGUGUUACCUGAAGCAUCGACAUGACACAAAUGAGAUACCUCCAAACAGUCAAAGCCAAGAGGGGAUAAAUGCUGCCUAUGAAGCACCUACAUACGAGGAGGUGAUGACUAUGUCAGCGCCAGCAAUAUGGACAAUAGCAUCCAAUCCAGGCUCAGUGCCCUCACCACUGAGCGAACCUCCCCCUUAUAACGUCGUUAUUGAAUCAACUGCCCAAGGAGAGACUGCGGUGGUAAUUCCUGGGGUCUCAGUGGCAUCAAACACGAGGAGCACCUCUGAGCCAGACAGGAACUCCAGGAUACACUUGCAACUGGUUCUGCCCCGAAGCCAGCAGCGCUUUAUUUCAGACACCAAUGAAAUGAAAGGUAAUGCAGAUAGGUAUGAGCCACUGGAACCACUCACUCCACCACCUGCUUAUGAGAGUGCCAUCUAUGAUGAGGUCUUUGAAGACGUUUUCCAGCCCUCCAUAUUAGAUUAAUUCCACUUUCUAUGAAUGCAGGACCAAACAUUCACCUUAAUAUAUUAAGUUUGUCUUUCCAUUCUUUGAAGCAAAGCUGAACUAGCACCUAAUUCACUAGAGCCCUUUUGCACAAAAUAUAACUCACUGCAAUACCACAGUGCCUCAUCUUGGCACAAGAUAAACAAAGACACAGAAAAGAACAUUGUGAUAUACAGCAGCAACUCAAACUGGAGAUGCACCUUUUGUGAGGAAGAAAGUGAAUCGUAAAGAAAGACAACCUGCAUCAGAAAGGAGAGGAACAGAAGCAUUACAAACACCAGCAUCACAGAGCAUUGUGAUCAUCAACCACCUUACAUUUCUUACUAAGAGACUGAGACUGCAGUUCCAUGAUUAUAGAAGUGUUGGUACAACACACAUUUACUUUCUGUGAUGUUUUGUUGCCACCCCUCUGCUGCACUCCCACCACUGCUUUAGUUGUGCUGUGACUAAGAAGAGGGUGGCUGUGCUCAUUUGAAAGCUAGCACCACCUACUACCUACCACUUCACUGCUAACCAGCUUGAGGUUGAAAAGCUCACAGCAGGAAUGGGAUUAUAAUAUUACACAUGCUGUUCAGAAUGUUCUAUGUAGUCUCCAGAUUGUUGACUGAAGGAAGAAAACAGCAUCUUUUUCUCAUAGAACGUAUACAUACCCUCUGUCUGGAGCACCAAUUUUUACAGUUCUACAGGAGAGUUUAUUUAUGCUACAGUGCAGGCUCAAACAGACUGCUCAAGAUAUUUCAUAGUCAUCAUGGCACACAUCAGUGUAAAAAGGUCAACAACUAGAGUUCAUUGUAACAACCCUGUGAGUGGAGGUUUCUUUCUGGAACCUGGAAAGGACCAGCCUCUGUGUCAAGGCUGUGACUGCAGCAGAGAGCACUUGCAAAUAGGAGCCACAAAGCAGAGAUGGCCUUCAUCAAGACAGCUCUCCUUUUGAGCCAGGUUUGAGCUCUCUCAAUUAGCGGUGCUAAACAGUGUUUUUAAAUGGGCCAGUUAAACUAUUAGGAUCUGCAGUGCUGAAGUGGUUUGCAGUAUGCAAAGAGACACUGAGAUCUGAUGAAUGUCAAAGUUUUUCAGAAACAGAGAAAAAUGGUCAUCCAAAUCUCCUUAUGAUUGAGAAUAACCAUCAUCACAGCAUUGUUUCCUAUGACUACAACAUUUUUCACUCAUUUCAUAAGCUAAAAGCAAAUAAAUUAUUUCUUAUUGCU